CAUUACAUUCUAUGACGAUUAUUUUAUCCUGAAAGGUUAGCUGUCACUUUGACAGCAGCAUCGUCGUUAAUAAAUAAGUGUAGAAAGUUUUAUCAAGACGUGUUUAUAUUUACUAAUUGAUUAAUAUUAUUAACAGAAACUAGUAAAAAUGUCUGCCAAGCCAGAAAUUACACUGGAACACUUUUAUGUAUUUAAUGGAACAUAUGCCAAAAAGGAAGGAGAGGAAGAAAAGAAAAUUUUGUAUUACUAUCCAUCGAAGAUAGAUCUGGAUUCUCAAAUAAAAAAUAUUGGAUUGAGCGAAGCAAUAAUAAAAUUCACAGAAUCUUUUAAUCCUGGACAAGCAUGCGACUAUUGCCACACACACAAAACAAGGCAAAUUUAUUUCCAACCAGAACCAGAUUUCUGGAUGGUUAUGAUCGUUGGUGUUCCUCGUGUAUGGAAAGUAAAAGAUGGGACACAGUUCAUGGAAUAUCAAAAUGAAGAAGUUUCCAGCAAUGUUUGUCAGGCCAUCCUUAGACAAACUUAUACAAUGUUUAGAUUGUUCAUGGGUUCCUUCGAUACAAUACUCAAUGAUCCUGAAUGUGGAUCAGUUCUACUACUAAAACACAAGCUAGAUCAUUUUUAUUCAAGAUACUUGCUAUCUUUAAAACUGAACAAUAGUGAUAUACUUGAUGUUUUCCAAGGACUGCAAUUUCUACCCCUGGAUAAGACAACUUUUCUUCGGGUACAGUGCUUCAUGAAUCUGGUGGAGGCAAUGUUUUCGCAAGUUAAAUAUACAGCAUUUCUCUAUAAUGAUCAGCUUGUCUGGAGUGGCUUGGAUCCAGAAGACAUGCAAGUAGUUUACAAUUAUCUAAUAAGUACUCUUUUGCCGGCAUAUUUGGAGAAAGAAUUGCACGGUGGUUCGAUGCCAAGAAACUCACCAUCACCGUUUACAAGUUCUCACUAUGGAAAAUUCGUUACUGGCCCUUCAAGCAUUAAUGAACCAAAUGGAACUGGGAAGUUGCCAAGAGUAUACAUAAAUUACUCAACAAUACCUAUCUCUUUAUAUUUAGUAGUUUAUCGAGCUCUUAGUGCAACUAUAUGUCUCUUCGUAGACAGCAAAACAAGUCUAGUAAUGGACUUUUUUAAAAGCUUGGACACCUUCCUUGGACCACAGUUGACAACUUUAGUUAGUUCAGUGGCUGAACAGUGUUCGAAGCAUGUCACAAUUGUUGCAGAUUCAAGCCCAAAAUAUUUAUAUUUCAACAAAUUGAAUUUAGCUUACAAAAGUACCAUUCACUUAGACAACAGAAGAUGUUCAAAUGUGCUUACAACUCCGGAAGUUCUUCGAAUCAUUACGGACAUAAAUAACGAUACUAACAAAUUGAAAGAAGCUGGCGAAGUCAUUAUAAAAACAAUGAGCGAUUACUGGGUAGUAGGAAAGCUAUCAAAUCUUCGUGAAUUUUUCGUUGUUAUUCAACAGAAAAAUGCAAAUUUAAUAGAAAUUGAUGAUGAAGUCAAGAGGCUAUGCGAACAGCAGCUGAAAAGUAUUUUCUUUCAUUAAAGUAACUAAAUUAGAUUCCACAAAUUCUGUAUUCUCAAUUUAUAAUACACUUUAAAAAACUGUAUAAACUAUACAUAUUGCGUUCUCUGUACACCAUACGGAUUUUUAAAUAAUUUGAGAAGGAAUAUCAAAAAUACACGAAAAAAUAUGCUACCUAUAAUUACAAUGUAAAUAUGUUUUCACUACGCAUUCUUAUUGUUCAAAGGUUCUGUGGCAGUAAAUAAAUAAACAGAA